AGAAGUAUAAGCUAUUUCCUUUUUGUGCAUUUCCUAUCAUCUUCAAAAAAACCUUCACAAAACCUUAUCAAAAUAACCACCGGCGAUGGCGGCGAUUGCGGCCGCCGUAGCGGCGGCGACCUCCGCUUUCACCUCAUUCCACCUCACUCGCGCAACUCCCUACACGCGCCUCCACAUUCGUACCUUCAUAACUUCAUCACUCUCCUCUUCCUCAACUAAAUUCAACAUCACUUUUGCUCCACCAAAACCCAAACCCAAACCCAAACCAGAACCCGCAAUUCCCAUAAACUCCGACUCCGACUCCAAUUCGGUCCCGAACUUGGAGGCUGAAAUCGGUGACCAGCUCUAUAUACCUUGGAUUGUUCGUGAUGAAAAGGGUAAUCUCACUCUCCAAUCUACACCUCCUGCACGUCUACUCCAUGAGAUGGCUAAUGCUAGCACUAGUAAGAAAAAGAAGAAGGGAAAAGAGGUUGCUUCCAAAGCUGCCACGGUGGUUCCUACACCUGAGCCUAAGCAUUCAAAGGCAGCUCGCCGGUUCUAUAAUGAGAACUUUAGAGACCCUCCUCAACGCCUCAGUAAAGUCCUUGCUGCUGCUGGAGUGGCAUCCAGACGGAGCAGUGAAGAGCUGAUUUUUCAAGGGCGGGUCACUGUGAACGGUUCUGUUUGCAAGACUCCACAGACUAAAGUUGAUCCAGCUAGGGAUGUAAUUUAUGUCAACGGAAAUCGUCUUCCUAAGAAAUUGCCUACAAAGGUCUAUCUUGCACUAAACAAGCCAAAAGGGUACAUAUGCUCAUCCGGGGAGAAAGAAACUAAGUCAGUCAUGUCCCUUUUUGAUGAUUUUAUAAAGAGUUGGGAUAAAAGGCAUCCUGGACAACCAAAACCUCGGCUCUUUACAGUUGGCAGACUUGAUGUUGCCACGACUGGCUUGAUUAUUGUGACCAAUGAUGGGGAGUUCACGCACCAGAUUUCACAUCCUUCGUCUAAUUUGUCAAAGGAAUACAUUGCAACUAUCGACGGUGAAGUUCAUAAGCGACACUUGAUAGCCAUUAGUGAGGGAACAGUUAUUGACGGUGUCCAUUGCACCCCAGAUAAUGUUGAACUACUACCAGGGCAGCCUGACUUAUCAAGACCUCGUCUGCGUAUUGUGGUUCAUGAAGGACGGAAUCAUGAAGUUCGUGAACUUGUGAAAAAUGCUGGACUUCAGUUGCGUGCACUGAAGCGUAUACGUAUAGGUGGUUUCAGGCUCCCCGCAGAUCUUGCGCUUGGCAAGCAUGUUGAAUUAAAUCAAGCUAAUCUGAAGGCAUUGGGUUGGAAGAGUUAAAGUUGGAUGAGAUCAGAACCAAGAUCAGCAUGCAUGCAUCGAACGGGCAUAAGAAUCGGGGAUUAUGAAGAAAAAUUAGACAGUGACUGGUUAGUAGCAUUCACUUCUGCAUGUUCAAUUUCAAAUCUUGCAGAUCUGAUAAGGUAUAUAAGGUUUUAGUCAUUGCAAGACGAAUGCACCAUAUGUCGACUGUCAACAGUAAAUAUUCCCGAAAUUGGGUGCUUUAGUUACCUCCAUUGAUUACAUCUCUCUGCCUAUAUGCCAAUUAACAAGCAACAGGCCUGUAAGAUUGUACAUAGCACAGUAAUGCUACUGAUGAAUGAAAUGUCCAAUUAU